GCCUGCGUGCUGUGCAUUCCCGGGAGCAGCAGCUGCUGCCACCGCCGCUGCCGCCGCCGCCGUCGCCGCGACCUCCGCGUUCGGUAGUAGAAUUCGGAAUCCCUGCGCCCAGCUAACAAUGAAGCAGAAUUCUAACGUGCCGGCUUUCCUCAGCAAGCUGUGGACGCUUGUGGAGGAAACCCACACCAACGAGUUCAUCACCUGGAGCCAGAAUGGACAAAGUUUUCUGGUCUUGGAUGAGCAAAGAUUUGCAAAGGAAAUUCUUCCCAAGUACUUCAAACACAAUAACAUGGCGAGCUUUGUGAGACAACUAAAUAUGUAUGGCUUCCGAAAAGUAGUACAUAUCGAAUCUGGAAUUGUCAAACAAGAAAGAGAUGGCCCUGUUGAAUUUCAACAUCCUUAUUUCAAACAAGGCCAGGAUGACUUGUUGGAGAACAUUAAAAGGAAGGUUUCAUCUUCAAAACCAGAGGAAAAUAAAAUUCGUCAGGAAGAUUUAACAAAAAUUAUUAGUAGUGCUCAGAAGGUUCAAAUAAAACAAGAAACUAUUGAGUCCAGGCUUUCAGAAUUAAAAAGUGAGAACGAAUCCCUUUGGAAGGAGGUGUCAGAACUAAGAGCGAAGCACGCACAGCAGCAGCAGGUUAUCCGAAAGAUUGUCCAGUUUAUUGUUACAUUGGUUCAGAAUAAUCAACUUGUGAGUUUAAAACGUAAAAGGCCUCUACUUCUAAACACAAAUGGAGCCCCAAAGAAGAAUCUAUUUCAGCACAUAGUCAAAGAACCAACUGAUAAUCACCAUCAUAAAGUUCCACACAGCAGAACUGAAGGUUUAAAGUCAAGAGAACGGAUUUCAGAUGACAUAAUUAUUUAUGAUGUUACUGAUGAUAAUGUGGAUGAAGAAAAUAUUCCAGUUAUUCCAGAAACAAAUGAGGAUGUUGUAGUUGAUCCCUCCAACCAGUAUCCUGACAUUGUCAUUGUUGAAGAUGACAACGAGGAUGAGUAUGCCCCUGUCAUUCAGAGUACAGAGCAGAGCCCACCCGCCAGAGAGUCCUUACGCCUGGGGAGUGCCGGCAGCAGCCCACUGAUGUCCACUGCCGUCCAGCUAAACGGCUCCUCCAGUGUGACCUCAGAAGACCCUGUGACAAUGAUGGACUCUGUUCUCAAUGACAACAUUAACCUGUUAGGAAAGGUUGAGCUGUUGGAUUACCUUGACAGUAUUGAUUGCAGUUUAGAGGACUUCCAAGCUAUGCUCUCAGGAAGACAGUUCAGCAUAGACCCAGAUCUUCUGGUUGAUCUUUUCACUAGUUCUGUGCAGAUGAAUCCCACAGAUUACAUCAAUAAUACAAAAUCUGAGAAUAAGGGAUUAGAAGCUACCAAGAGCAGCGUUGUUCAACAAGUUUCAGAAGAGGGAAGAAAAUCUAAAUCCAAACCAGAUAAACAACUUAUCCAGUAUACUGCCUUUCCACUUCUCGCAUUCCUUGAUGGGAACUCUGCAUCUGCUCUUGAACAGGGGAGUACAACUGCAUCAUCAGAAGCUGUACCUUCCGCAGAUAAACCCAUAGAAGUUGAUGAGCUCCUGGAUAGCAGCCUGGAUCCAGAGCCAACCCAGAGUAAGCUUGUCCGCCUGGAGCCUCUCACGGAAGCGGAAGCCAGUGAAGCCACACUCUUCUACUUGUGUGAACUGGCUCCCGCGCCUCUGGAUAGUGACAUGCCACUUCUAGACAGUUAAGCUCCGGGUGGACACUGUAUAUAUUCAUCAAAAUGAUGAAGUAUUUAUUUUAAAGUAUCAUUUGGUACUUUGUUUUGUAAUUACUUUUUGUUUAAUCAGAUACUGUGGAAUAAAAGCACCUCCUGCUUUUCUCACUAAGCAUACUCUCAAAGCUUCCGGAUGGUCCUCGGCUGCCCAGGCGUACACAUUUUAAUGCACAUUGCUGGCAUAGCUUAAGUUGAAUUCAAAUGGCCAUUUUCUCUGGUUGUAAUUGGAUUUUUUUUCUACAAAUAUGACCAUUAAUCCCAGCUAAACUUUAUUUUCAAUUGAGUUUAAGUGUUUAGAACUAAAGUAGAAAACUCUGGCCCAGUUGCUUUUUAUUAAAUAUUUUUCACUUGGCUUAUUUCUAAAACUGGGAACAUAAAGUGCCUGUAUCUUGUAAUAUUUCAUGUCUUUGUUGGUUCAGAGAAAUUUUUUUAUGUUCAGAGAAAUUUAUUCAUGUUAACAGAAAAGGCAAAGUGUACUCAAGUAAUCACUCUGUGGUACUAGUCCCAUACACAUAGACUGUGGAGACUGGGUGUGGCUAGCCCCACCUAUUUAGAGUAGUUUAUGUAUGUUUUCUGGUUUGUGUUCUUUUGAACCAUGGUAUUUAGUAAAAUAAAUAUGAUGAGUGUCGAGGACUAUUA